CCUAGCCCCCCUUUAUCUGUGACAUUUUCUCCAACAGAGUUUGGCAUACUGGCCAUCACGAGGGCUCGAGAACGUGUGAUGGAGGGCUUGACACGGGGAGAGAAAAUGUGCUCACGACGGCGUUGGCUCGCAAGAGUGGUUCGAAAGGGAACUAGUAGGCCGCCACUCUGUUGACGUAUACUAGGGGAUGAAGGACUUGGCAGGUCCUGCCUUUGUCUUUUCUGUUCUUUUUCCUUGAUUUCGUACCCCUCUGUGACGGUCUGUGUCUUACUGAUACCAGGCUCGUGACAUUCCGAGACCUUGAGACAGGCAGGUAGAGGGUGUUCGGCACAAUUCAAAGCGAGGAAUAGACGUGCAAUGUGUAUAAAGCAGGCGGAAGCGAACACUUGGAUGCUCUGCUCAUUUAGCAACCAGAUGUGCGAGAUCGAGCUCCAAGUUGGCCAUCUCUUACAUUGGUUGCCUGAUUGUUUGCAUGUCCAUUCUUUCAAUUUUUUCUUUCUUCUCGGCCGUAUAGCAUCCUCCGAGUUAUAUAAUUUGACCAGACAUUCACUUCAGCUCCAGCCGUACAGUGCUACUGCACUCUUCGUCAACGGCCCUGCUAUGUGCGAACUAGUCCACUGCCCAGGUUGCGGAGAGCUCAUCUCGGAGUCUCUUCCCGUCUCAGAAUGUUUUACCUGUCUGUCAAAUGAUUCUGGCCAACCUUUGCGCGAGAGAUCGACCUCGGCCCCUCCCUCCGGCACGAGAAUGGAGUAUACCCUGUUUGUAUUCAUCAUCUACAAUGACGAGAUUGUAAGCGUUUCAGACCAUGAUGUAUACGGUUCUCGACAUCGGGGGAGCGGCAGGACUACAUGAAGCAUGCAGUGUCUUGAGGAUUUCGAGGCAUCAAAGGUCGAGUGGAGGGCGCGUUGUAUUGCUGUUGGUUGGACAAUUUUUUUUCGUGGAUUCCACCACUAUAACGGUGGAUUGUCAUGGUUAAUCUUAUGCUUAAACAAGGGAAUGCUUAUUCUACAUCCCAAUUUUUCUAUUCAACAUCCC